UCUCGCUUUUCCUCCCUCCUUCCCUCCAUCCUUCCCUCCCUCCUUUUUUUUCCUUCCUUUUCCCCCCUUCCUUCCCGUCGCCGUCCCGAUCCCGGAGCCGGGGGGCACCCGGGGGUGCCACCCGGAGGGCCUCCCGGAGGAGGCGGCGGCGCCAUGAGGCUGAGCCGGAGAUGCGGGUCCCCCUCGCCGUCCAGCCCCGGGCCUGCCGGGGGGCUGAGCCCCCCGGGGAAGAACCCCUUCGUGCACGACCUGCGCUUCACCCCGCUGCAGAAAUUCCAGAUUGCCUUCAUGACGCUGACUCUAUUCCCCAUCAGACUCUUGUUUGCCGCCUUUAUGAUGCUCCUGGCCUGGCCAUUUGCAUUUGUUGCUUCCAUGGGAUCUGCGGAGAAGGAACUGGAGAAACCUCUGGCCUUGUGGAGAAAAGUAGUGGACAUCUUGCUCAAAGCCAUUAUGCGAACAAUGUGGUUUGUCGGUGGAUUCCACUGGGUAACUGUAAAGGGAAGGCAGGCCUUACCAACAGAAGCAGCAAUCUUCACUCUGGCUCCACAUUCCUCCUACUUCGAUGCUAUUCCUGUUACGAUGACUAUGUCCUCCAUUGUGAUGAAGGCAGAAAGCAGAGAUAUUCCUGUUUGGGGAACUCUCAUCAAAUAUAUCCGGCCAGUAUUUGUAUCUCGUUCAGACCAGGAUUCUCGCCGGAAAACUGUUGAAGAGAUAAAGAGACGUGCUCAGUCAGAAGGCAAAUGGCCUCAGAUCAUGAUAUUCCCUGAGGGGACGUGUACAAACAGAACCUGCCUAAUUACCUUCAAGCCCGGUGCAUUUAUCCCAGGAGUUCCUGUUCAGCCUGUAAUUCUUCGUUAUCCAAACAAACUAGAUACGAUUACAUGGACAUGGCAAGGUCCUGGAGCGUUGAAGAUUCUUUGGCUUACCUUGUGUCAGUUUCAUAAUUUUGUGGAAAUUGAGUUCCUUCCAGUAUACAUACCUUCAGAGGAGGAAAAGAGAAACCCAGCCUUAUAUGCGAAAAACGUCAGACGGCUAAUGGCAGAGGCCUUGGGAGUUUCCGUAACAGAUUACACCUAUGAAGAUUGCCAGCUGGCAUUGGCUGAGGGACAGCUCCGUCUCCCAUCAAACACUUGCCUCUUAGAGUUUGCCAAGCUCGUCAGAAGCCUGGGGCUGAAACCAGAAAAACUUGAAAAGGAUUUGGAUAAGUAUUCAGAAAGUGCAAAGAUGAAGAAAGGGGAAAAGGUUGACCUUCCCGAAUUUGCGGCAUGUUUGGAAGUUCCAGUUUCUGACACAUUAAAGGAUAUGUUUGCUCUCUUUGAUGAGAACGAAGGAGGUAAAAUUGAUGUCCGAGAGUACGUGAUUGCUUUGUCUGUAGUAUGUAGGCCAGCAAAGACCUUGGAAACAAUUCAACUGGCAUUUAAGAUGUAUGAAUCACCGGAAAAUGGCAGCAUAAAAGAGGAAGAUUUGGCUUGCAUUCUGAAGACAGCUAUAGGUGUGUGUGAACUCAGUGUAACCGACCUCUUUCGAGCAAUAGAUGAAAAAGAAAGGGGAGAGAUCACAUUUGCUGACUUUGACCAGUUUGUGAAAAUGUGCCCAGACUUUGCAGAAGAGUAUUUAUAUCCUGACCAGACCAAUUUUGAGAGUUGCGUGCAGACCCCCUCUUCUCCAACCCCUAAUGGUUUCUGUCCUGACUUCAGCCCAGAAAACGCUGAAGACAAGUGGAAUCCUUUGCGGAAGAAACUGGACUAACAGUGAAACAUCACCUCCCUCUCCUGGCGAGAGGAGACCUCUUUCCUAGACUCUGCAUAGUCAAACCACACCUUAGCAAUGUUCGCUGUAUUCCCUUUUGUGUGUGUGAGAAUCCCCUCGCUUCACCUCCCACAACCUGUAAACUUAUCGUCUUCAAACUUGAGCUCUUUUGCUGUUGUUUUUGUAAAAGUCUUCAAGAACCAGGAAUGUGAAUGCGCUACAUUCUUCGUGUGUGCGUGUUGGAAAGCCACACACUUAUUUAUAUUCCAUUGUUUAGUUUCACGUACAAAGCGUCUUAAAGAGUGUGCAUGUAUAAAGAAUUCUGUAGCUCCCGUGAUGUUAAGUGCACUUUGGUGAAUUGUGCUUUCCUCUGCUUAGGGACAGUUCAUUUUGUGUUGGCUUCAGUAGUAGGUCCCAGAAGCAAAUUAUGCACAAAAAAGACAGGUUUGGGGUUUUUUUGGGGGGGUUUCAGAUGAUCAUGUUUUUCAUUUCCCAUCAUCAGCCGUCAAUUUGGUCCUUAAUGUCAUCCAUUCUGUGGUAGUAUGGAUAAGAAGGAACAACUAAUUCUCCCCCGCCUGCCCCAGACAUUCACGCCUGCAGCCGAAAAGGGAAGCGUGUAGGAUGUUUUGGGAAAUCAGUAGCUACCUUGCUGCCUGUCACAUAAUCCCAAAUUCGGCAGAGACAAUUAUUGCUUUGUAAUCAUUUCUAUAUUUGUGUGGGAACUUGUAAAUGUUUUAUAAACUUCAUUUAGAUACUUAGGAAAUACGUGUGCUGCAUUUUUAUGAAAAGGAGAGUUCGAUUUUCUACUUCAUUUUUCUUGUUAGAUUAAGGAGAUGCUGAAUUAUAGAUCUGUUUUUGAUACAAGUACUGGUUUUGGUUUUGACCUUUUAAAAUUCUGACGUUCCUUUCACUUGAAUCAUGAAGAUGCUCUGAAGACCGUUAACAGCCUAACAAAGAAAAACAAAUUUCCAUUCCAUAAUUGUUGAUGAGUGGUUACAAUCAUCAUCCUUGUUUUUUCUCAGUAACAAUGCAGGGUUUCUGUUUUAAAUGACCAGGUGUUUGAAGUCAGGUUGAUCUACUUUCAGUAUAGAUCAUAGUUUGAAACUGUUUGCUAAUAAAAUAAAAGUGAUCAGUCAGAUUAAGAGAUCUAAAACAUUUAUUUUUUUUAUAGGAAAGUAUUUCCAGGGACCCCAAGUUGUUAUUGUGGGUUUUCUUUUUAAGGUUUUGACAGACUGCGAGACUUAGGGCAAAAGACAUAUUGUCCCCCUCUCCGAUAUGUAGUCUUCCGAAUCCAGUUUUGUUUUCCGUUAAACGCUCACCCCUGCAGGCAGCCUGGUCUAAGGGUAAUGCAGUGGAAUGCACCUCUGUAGUCUGUCAGAUGUUCCUGGGAGUUGCAUGGGAAGAGUCUCCAUCGGAACAUAGUCCGUCUUGUAGAAUACCUACCUGGUGCUAUUGAUGGCAAGUAGCCAGAAUUUGGGAUUUCCCAAUACUGCACUAGAGACACUAUUGCAGCCGCUUCCAACUGCUGGGUUUUCCAGGCACCUCCCAGAAGGCUGAUUCCCAAGAGUCAGGAGUAAUUGAUACAGAAACGACCGGUGGCGGCAGGGCAAAAGACAGACUUUCCACGAUCAUAGGAUUGUAGAUUUUCAUUCUUCCCUCCAUCUCCCGGACAAACAAUCCUAGGCUUACCGGAGAAGAGGGUCGCUUUCAAAGCGAGGGAAGAGAGUGUAGAGGUUUUGAGUUUUUUCCAUUGAUUUUCUUUGUAAACUCUGAUUCAGGAUGUACGUCAGCCAAAAUUGGGCCAAAAUUCAUUCUUAAAGCACAGCUAUUUGGCAUUUCCUUAAGUUACUUGUUGAGGAACUAAAAAGCAUUGAAAGCAUUGAAGCUUAUACCUGUUGGCUUAUUGGAAAUAGUUCAUUUGUAAUUUACAGUAAAAAAUGGGCCUGAAUUUGAACUUUUGUCAUACAAGUGACUGGGUGUAGUAGAAAGAGCCUAAUCUUACAAAAGAUGUGACACUUUCAUCCUUUAUCUCGACCUGUGGAAAUCAAAAAUCCAUUAAGCUUCAAUCGUGUUGAAGGAUGCAAUCCUGUUUGCAGUUCUUCCCCCUGUGAAUUUUGCCUAAUUUGAACCCAAAGGACAUUGUUUGAUUUUCAGUUUAAAUCAAAGGUAAACCAAGUGCUUAAGAACAUCAAGACCUCGACUUUCUGGACACAAAACAACUGGACUGCAGGCUUAGUAGCUAAAAGUUAAUGGUAGUGAUUUUUAUAACUAUGUAACUAACAAAUAAUUUGCUCUUUUAAGAGAGGAAAACACUGCAUGCUAGGAAAAGCACAAAAAUGAUCAAUGAAGGAGGUUCAGAGAACAAAGAUAUUUUGAGGGAACCGUCAGCAGAAAGGCCAAAAUCCGAAGUGCCCCCCUGCUUCCCUCAGGUCUGUAUAUGAAGUGGUUUGGGGAUGCGGUUGUGCAUUUUCCCGGAAAACCUCUGAUCCACAGACUCUCAAUGGAUGUUUGCACCUCUGGAUUCCCUCGUUUUCUUACGUAGUAACUGGUUCGUGUGCUUCCUGAACUGUGAAUGUAGAUAGUCUUUAAGAUAAAUAGCAUGCCCCUCCUUUUUUCCCCCCCCAAAGGGUUAGAGGAUGGAGCUUUAAUACUUUUUAUGCUACCCUGGUUUUGGAAGCCAAGAUCAGCAGGCAUUUGAUACAUUUGUCUAGGCCUGUGAAUGUAUAACGAACAGUU